AUGAAGUACUUUCUUCUGCCAACUCAUUUAGCAUUUCUCUAUAGCUUUGCACUAAGUAAACCUGUCCAGAUAGCUACAAGAAACAAUGACUUAGGUAGCGAAAUAGCUGUGUAUGAAGGAGACAUCCUCUUGAAAAGAGGACGACGCAGUGCAAUUAACUGUGAGAGUUGUUUAUGGCCCAAGUCCCAAGACGGACUAGUCAAGGUUCCAAUUAACAUCUCUUCUGAUUUCUCAUUGACAGAGAGGUCUUGGAUUGCUGAUGCUCUGCAAGAGAUCUCCACGCUGACCUGUGUGCAGUUUGUAAAUCGCACUACGGAAACAGACUAUGUGUAUGUUGAACGUGGGCAGAGCUGCUGGUCUUUCUUUGGAAAAAUUGGAGGACGUCAAGCAGUAGGCCUGGUGAAAAAUGGUUGCAUGGAUAAAGGAGCAAUUCAGCAUGAAAUGAACCACGCCCUGGGUUUCAUCCAUGAACAGGCACGCAGUGAUCGGGACAGGUUCGUCAAAAUUAUGUGGGAACACAUUGUGGCAGGAGAACAAGGGAACUUUGGAAAAGUGAAUUCCAAAAAUCUGGGCCUUCCUUAUGACUACUCUUCAGUGAUGCACUAUGGCGCGUAUGAUUUCUCCAGCACUCCAGGGAAACCAACUAUUGUACCAGUUCCUGACCCCUCUAUACCCAUUGGGCAGAGAGAAGGGCUGAGUAACUUGGAUGUAGCUAAAAUCAACAAGCUCUACAAGUGCAAUUGCUGUAGCUCUGUGUUGCCUAAAGCCAAAGGCUCCUUCUCCUCUGUCAAUUACCCAUCCCCAUACCCGAACAAUAGCAACUGCCUGUGGUUGAUCCGCAUCCGUCAAAGUAAGAUUUUCCUGCAGUUUGAGGCUUUUGAUCUCCAACCCUCUUUGGACUGUUCUUCUGACUAUAUAAAAAUUUACAAUGGAAACAGCAAGAAUUCCCCUGUCUUGCUGGACAAAUACUGUGGGAAGGGGCCACUGCCCUCCUUAGUGGCAUCUGGAUCGACAAUGCUGGUGGAGUUUGCAAGUGAUGAGAGCAUUACAGCCACAGGAUUCAGGGCCUCCUACAACAGAGUGAAUUGUGGUGACACUUUCACAGACUCAAAUGGAGUCAUCUCCUCUCCAAACUACCCCAAUAAAUAUCCCAAAAACCAAGCAUGCUUCUGGGUCAUCAGUUCUCCAGUAGGAUACAAGAUCUCUCUCAAAAUGUUAUCCUUUGAGCUGGAAGAUAGUGACAGAUGCAUCUAUGACUACUUGCUCAUACAUGAUGGAAGCCGACCUACAUCACCUGCAGUUGGCCCUUAUUGUGGUACAGAGAAGGUUGGAGACUUUACUUCCACUGGGAACUUUGUGCUGGUUGAAUUUCACAGCGAUAUAGUUUGGGAGUUGCCUGGAUUUGUGAUGAGUUAUACAUUUCGUAGGGCUGUGCAGGUUCCUAUCUGGGAGGCAAAUCAGGGCCUUCAAGUGGAUAAAGUUGGCUUUCUGGGCUGUGAGCACACACGGCCAGGUCAUGUCCAGCUUUUCGUCCACCAGUACCCCCAAGUCCUCGGCAGGGUUGCUCUCAAUCUCUUCACCCCCCAACCUGUAUUUAUACCAGGGGUGUCCCUAACCCAGAUGCAGGACCUUGUGCUUGGCCUUGUUGAACCUUAUGAGGUUCGUAUGGGCCCACUUCUCAAGCUUGUCCAGGUCCCUCUGGAUGGCGUCCUGUCCCUCAGGCGUGUCAACCGCACCGCUCAGCUUGGUGUCAUUGGCAAACUUGGAGCUGGAAGAACGGCGGGGGCCGGGCCCCCUCUGGUGGGCACCAGCGGGGGAACCCGAACGUUCCUCGUUCCUCUUCGGACACGGGAGGGUGAGGGCUUCUCCUGCCUUGGUCACGGCUCCUCAGUUCCAUCCGGCAAAUUCAGCCUAGGCGUUUCUGAGCGG